AUGGAGGCCCUGGCAAAAGGCCUCUUGGUCAAGGACACCAAGUUCCCAAGGGUGAUUACCUGUCCGCACGAAAUGGUGGCGAUGUCCAUGGCGGAUGGGUUUGCUCGCCUUACAGGCCAGCCUCAAUGCGUGCUUGUUCAUGUCGACGUGGGAACACAGAUGCUUGGAUGCGCUGUCCACAACGCGUCGGUGGCUCGAUGUCCCGUCCUGAUUUUUGCCGGUCUAUCUCCGUUUACUCUCGAAGGCGAAAUGCGUGGUUCCCGUACUGAGUACAUCCACUGGCUUCAAGACGCGCCCGACCAAAAGGCAAUUGUAGCACAGUUCUGCCGGUAUACUGCAGAAUUCAAGACUGGUAAGAACAUCAAACAGAUGGUGAAUCGAGCACUACAAUUUGCCAAAAGCGACCCGUGCGGUCCUGUCUAUCUGGUAGGUGCUCGAGAGGUCAUGGAAGAAGAGGUCGAGCCGUAUCAUCUAGACCAGAGUGUUUGGGAAAGUGUUGCUCCAGCUGCACUUCCGCCAGACGGUGUCGAAACAAUCGUCAAUCUACUUUCGGACGCCAAGGAGCCCCUUAUCAUUGUCGGUUAUACCGGUCGCAAUCACGCAACAGUCUCUGAGCUCGUCAAUCUUGCUGAAGCCAUUCCUGGUGUCCGCGUCUUAGACUGCCUAGGAAGUGAUGUGUGUUUCCCAUACACUCAUCGAUCUUCCUUGGGUGUCCGAAUCGGAAAAGACGAGAGCAUCCGCAUUGCCGACGCAAUCGUUCUCAUUGAUUGUGAUGUGCCCUGGAUUCCGACACAAUGCACCACACGAACAGAUGCCAGAAUCGUUCAUAUUGAUGUAGAUCCACUCAAGGAGAACAUGCCAGUACACUAUCUACCAGCAUUUCGCAGAUACCGUGCCGACGCUCAUACUGCUCUAGUACAGUUGAACGGCUAUAUCUCAACACACCCUCGAUACUCCCAGUUGAGAGGAGAGGAGACAUACGUUUCUCGCUGGAAGGCGCUGGCGGAAGAUCGUAAACAGGCUCUCUCCAAGGCUGCCAAACUAGCUGCACCCCCAACGCAUGACUCUCUCCCGCCCAGCACUUCUUACCUCUGUUCAGAACUGCGGAAAAAAUGUCCCAGGGAUACUAUCUGGACUGUGGAAGCUGUGACAAAUGCCAUGUUCGUCUACGACCAGCUUCAGGUCGAUGAGCCAGGACACCUCGUCAAUGGUGGAGGAGGCGGACUAGGAUGGUCGGGUGGGGGCACUUUGGGCGUCAAAUUGGCCUCCGAUUGGUUAGCAGGAGGGCCAAAUAAGGGCAAUUUUGUCUGUGAGAUUGUCGGCGACGGCACUUACAUGUUUGGUUCGCCUGCCACCGUUUACUGGAUUGCACGAAGGUAUCAGAUACCAACAUUGACAAUUGUCUUAAGCAACAAAGGUUGGAAUGCUCCCCGAAAUUCGCUAGAGCUUGUCCAUCCUAAUGGAUACGGGUCCAAGGUGUCAAAUGAAGACCUGAACAUCUCAUUUACUCCGACUCCUGAUUAUUCUGGGAUAGCCAAAUCUGCAGCCGGAGGACAUGCAUUUGCGGCCGUUGUCCAAAGCGCUGCAGACUUGCAACGCUUGCUUCCAGAAGCUGUCAAGACUGUACUAAAUGGCACAUCAGCUAUAUUAGAGGUCCGCCUACAGGGUUCCUGGGACAAAAACGAGGCCAAACUAUAG